AUGCAGCAUAAUAAAUACCCCCUAGAAGCAGGAACAUCUAUAUAUUGUACAGCUGGUGAAGGGUACAGCUUGCAAAGAUUACAACUAAAUAUGACUGAUUUAAUACUAUCGCAAAAGGUCAAAGUGCUCUCAUCUAAAGGCUACACAAAGCUACUGGAAUAUAGAUAACUAGACAUGAAAAACCUUUUAAUCUACUAUGCCAGUCACUUUAUGAUUAUAGACCCGGUGUAGUUGCAAAUAAAGAAGCAGUAUAGGUAUGAGUAUCCCAGUAUUUAAGAGAGCUUAUUGAUUUCUCCUAAAUUUGACUCAAGUGUGUUCCCCAUAAUCGUAUUAAAAAAUAAAACAGUAGAUAUCGCUAGCAAAGCUAGAUUUGAUGUUAUAGAUUUAUUUCAGACUGGCUAUCGAGGAAGUCUCAUUACAGAUCUUGACUUCAAUGAUAUUCAUAUACUUGGCUAGAUUAACAAAGGAGAUUGCUAUUCCGAAGAGUUAUUUGAAAGAAUGUUCUUCUUUGAUGACGAAAUCUAAUGUGCUCAAGAAAGUAUUAGAAACAGUAGAGAGGACUUUGAAGACUUACUCAGACAAAUUAGAACUGUUUUGCAAAAAGUAAGUGGAAAAAUUAGAGUAAAAGGUUGUUAAGCAGCAACAGCAGAGGACUAUGUUAGAUCAAACUCAGAGCAGGUUCGCUCUCAUCUGGUGAAUAUUGAUACAAUAUCUAUUUACCUUGAAAACGUCAUGAAACUCGAAAAGUAGAUGAUAAUAUAAAUUGAACCUAAUGAAUUUCAAAUCGAAUAACACACUUCAUUUUAGUCAUCUGCGCAUUACAAUAAUAUUAUAUCCUCAGUCAGUGAUGAUAUCAUAGCAUUAACCAAUAAUACCUAAUCUUCAACCUCACUUUAUCAGUUAAGCUCUGAAUCAGCUUAGCAAUAGGAUAUCGUGUAUCUUGGAGAGAUAGAUAAGCAAUGCACUUUUCUCUUCAAGCAUUAUGAUAAUGUCAUCUGCAAUGAUAAUGUCUACAAAAUACUAGUGUUUAAGAACUACUAUGGAAAUGAAUCCAAAAUAUAGCUCAAGCAGUUUUAGACUUUAACUAAAAGCGGGGAAAUAACUGGAGGUAUUGCCUUGGACGACAGAUAAAUCCUACUUGGCCAUAUGGGGUACUUCAUGAUUUCUCUAUGGCAAUAUAAUUAGAAUUACAUAUAGGUAGGCAGAUUCAAAUUCUACUCCACAGUGUUUUAUCAAAUGCAGCCAUUGACCAAUUUCAAUCAUGAUCCUAAGUCUUAGUUCUGCGUAUAUGUGUUAUUAAACAAUAACAGCUUGUAGCAUGUAGAUAUAAACACAGGUGAUAUUCGCAAAUCUCUUAGACACAGUGUUUAUAAACAAUAAAAUCAAAACUGCCUUGAUUACUAUGUUUCUCUUGAAAAGAUUUUUGUAUUAUAUACUAACUAGAUGGUCAUUUUAAAGGAUCAAAAGAUGAUUAACAGAGUUGGUUUGGCUCACCCUCUUGAUAAACUUUUGAUAAUGAAUGAUAAGUUUUCAUUAGUACUACUAAGAUAAAAGCAAAAUACCAGGAAUUGA